AUGCAGCUCAAAUGGGAAGAAGAAGUGUCAGCCAAGUGGGACAAUUCAGCAAAUACUUCGCUCCAACUUCCAUCGUGGGAUGAUCUAGCUUCGUUCAUUGAGCGACGCUGCCAAACAGUUAACAUGGUAAAGGCCAACAGAAGCGCAUCGGGUAAGGUCCCGGCCGCAAAAACCCCCGCCCGUUCAUCGAAGGUUAGUUCAGCAUUGGUCACGUCAUCGAGCAACACAAAUGCCCACUAUGCGAUGAACUCGCCACACACAGUGCAUUCAAAUGUGACAAAUUCACCGCCAUGGAUCCAAUGCAGAGAAGACACAGUUGGGCUGGAUUGUUGCUGGAGCUCUCACUUCACAUUCCCCACUCUCGUCAUCAUCGGGUUAACAUCGUCGUCCUUGCCUCAUAACGAGUCAUCUUCACUCACGAACUCAUCGCUGGAAGCCCGCUUGGAAAAAUUCUGGGAGAUAGAAGAUAACUGUUAUAAACUAUCGCUGGUGCGCGCAAUUACAGAGCAUGAAUGUGAAGAACAUUUUCUCCGAAAUACUACGCGCUGCUUGCUCACCAACAAAUUCAUCGUACGCCUCCCCUUCAUCGAAAAUCCCGCUGGGUUAGGCAAUUCACUGGAAACUGCUCGCCGAAGAUUUUUCGCAAUAGAAAGGAGACUAGAAAGCAACGAGGAGAUGCGGCAAGAGUACAAGGCGUUCAUGAACGAGUAUAGUGAGCUAAAACACAUGGUUGAUCCAAGGGAAUUGACGUCGAAGGUGGGUACCUACAUUCCCCACCACUGUGUUGUGAAGGUGGAUAGUUCGACAACCAAGCUACGUGUGGUAUUCGACGCUUCAUGCCGCACGUCCAAUGGAAAAGCGCUGAAUGACAUUCUACACGUAGGGCCCACACUACAAGAUGACAUAGUUAAAAUUCUCCUUCGUUUUCGAACUCAUCGCUUCGUCUUAAUGGCUGAUAUUGCCAAAAUGUAUCGGCAAAUCAUCGUUGACUCACGUGACGCCAAAUGGCAGUGUAUUUUGUGGCGCAAUUCACCUUCAGAACCGCUAACGACAUUUCAACUGCAAACUGUAACAUACGGCACCAGUUGCGCUCCAUUCUUGGCAGUUCGUUGUUUGCAGCAACUUGCACGCGAAAACAUGAAAGCCUACCCCGUAGGAGAUCGAAUCACCCUUCGGGACUUCUACGUGGACAAUUUAAUGACAGGAGGGUCUACUGUAGAAGAAGUUAUCAGAAUAAAAUCUGAAGUCACCGCAUUACUAGCAUCGGGAGGCUUCCCCCUUCGCAAAUUCGCCUCUAACUGCAGCGAAAUUAUUGCAGGCAUACCCAGCGUGGACAUGGAGGAGAUUAUCACAGUUGAUGACAUGACCUACAUAAAGGCGCUUGGGUUGAAAUGGUCACCAACUAGCGAUCAAUUCCUCUUCUCGUACAAUUCGUCGCAACACACUUCACCGAAGGCUACCAAACGUACCAUAUUAGCACAAGUGGCAAGUUUCUUCGACCCCCUAGGCGUACUUAAUCUUAUCAUCGUUAAGUGCAAAAUUUUGAUGCAACACCUCUGGAAACUGCGUUUAGCGUGGGAUGAAAGUGUACCGCUCUCUAUUUGCACAGAAUGGGAGAGCAUAUGCCAAAAACUAGCCCUCGUCAACCGCAUUAAAGUGCCACGGUAUGUAUGCUUUAACAAUAACACUAACCUACAUGCCUUUGCGGAUGCAAGCGGUAAGGCAUAUGGGGCCUGUAUUUAUGCUGUCUCUCACAAUGACAACGCGGUGCAGUCAACGCUUAUUUGCGCUAAGUCACGAGUGGCACCAACGAAGGAAAUCACCUUGCCCAAAUUGGAACUAUGCGCAGCUCUGCUACUCUCAGAGCUGCUUCAGUCGGUCUUGGAGACAUAUAGCGCGCGGCCUAGCAAUCUAACCGGGUGGCAAAAAUUCGGCGCAUCACGGCUGACUUUACAUGGCAUCACGGCUGACUUACAUCCAGCGGAUUUGGUGUCACGUGGGGCUUCAGUAGAGGGGCUCAUCGGUAAUAACUUGUGGUUUCAUGGACCAGCAUUCCUGGCAAAGAACAGUAGCAGCUGGCCACGCAAUCCAGUAGACGCUUUACAAGAAGUUCCAGAGCAACGAAUGCUUUGUUUUUCCGUGACAUCAUCGCUACAAGAAGAUAUCAUCGCUGAGCAUAAGUACGUGAACAGCUACGGCAAACUUCUUCGUAUCUUCGCUUACGUCAGACGGUUUACUUCGUCGCUGCGUCAUCGUUUUGUUGAAUCUGGACCGAUUACUGCCAGAGAACUAUACGACUCGUUGUUGACUGUAUGUCGAUACAUACAGCUCGUAGCGUUCGCCGAUGAUCAUAGGUCACUGCACACAUCUGGAGUUAGUCGUAGUACUAAGCUCCAUCAAUUAUCGCCAUUUCUACACGACGAAAUAAUCCGGGUUGGUGGAAGAAUUUCGAACUCAUCGUUGCCUUGGACCACAAGGCAUCCAAUACUUCUUCCAAAAACGCACCCAUUCGUGCGUACCCUCAUUGAAGCGUUUCAUCGCCAACACCUCCAUGCAGGUUGCCAAACUCUGUUGAGCAUUCUUCGCGAUAGAUUUUGGAUUAUCAAUGCUCGAAGCAUCAUCAAACAGGUAAUUCACAACUGCAUUUUGUGUUAUCGCAACAAACCCAAACUGGAACAACAGCUCAUGGGCGCACUUCCUCGAGAACGUGUGGAACCCGCUCAUCCCUUUGAAGUAGCUGGUGUAGAUUAUUGCGGCCCUUUGACGAUCACGCAACGCAUCAGAAGCAAGGGCCCCCUCAAAGUGUACAUAGCGCUGUUUAUCUGCUUCACAACAAAGGCGGUGCACCUGGAGUUGGCACCAGACCUAAGCACACCAUCGUUCAUUGCCGCCCUAAAGCGCUUCAUUGCGCGCAGAGGCAAAUGUCGAACAAUCUUCUCUGAUAAUGCAACAAAUUUCGUCGGUGCAAAUCGAGAGCUGCGAGAGCUUUUAUCUGCAUUCACGUCGCAACAGCACAUCGAUAAGGUUCAAUCAGGCAAUCAGGAGAAGGCAUAG